AUGACAGUAGUAGAAAAAUCUUGAGAAUAUAAACCUUGACUUUGCCUAGAGUAGUCUAUCAUUAUUCGCAGAGUGUUUGUUUACGUUGUAGACGCCUUUGCUGUCUGCUAUUGCUCAUUAUCCUCUUUAUCAACUUUUAUAAAUUCCAAAAUGACAAAAACUACCGCCGGAUUGUCGGCCACAUCAUCAGCAGAAGUUUUAAUUGAACUCCUGCCUUCUCUGAAUGAAGACAUUUUAAAAGAGUUCAUUCAUCGCUGUAUUGACGAAAUAUGUGGAAGAAAAGGUCCAGCUUCAGAAAAGUUUUGCUCCUCUAGCUCCUGGACUUCCAGCCAGUUCCUGGAGGCGACUUCGAGUCUCAAGACAUUUAUCGUUGAAUGUGCAGUCAAUAGCCACGAUCAAAGACAGAUUGCUGAGAACCUGCCCCUACCCGAAAGCCAAAUCAACUGCCUGAUGAACUGUUUAGCAGUUCGAGGCGAUGAACUGAAGCAUUGUCUCCUCAGUAAAUUAAAAAAUGGAACUUCAGAGGUGCUGACUGAUCAUGACUGGAAAGUAAAGUGGGUCAUGGGAAGUAGCUCUUUGUCAUCUCUGCAAGAAACUUUGCUGGAGCUGGACCUCACAACAACCAAAGGGGACCCAUCUGCAUUAGCGAAGAAUGUGUCAACGCAGCAUGGGAGAAUCAGAAUUGAACUUACUCGUGAUAACGUAAAUACUCUAAUUAAUGUCCUAGAGAAAGCACAAGAAUCUCUCUAGUUGUCUUUAAAGUGUUACUUUGAAGAUGGUUUCUCACAAAAAUGUAAAUAUGGGCAUGUUUUAAUAAUGUGAUAAAUAUGUGAUUAUUAUUACUGGUGGUUUCCUAAUUUUUGUUCAAAAGAAGGGUAGUGAGUACAAAGUUUUCAAAACCAAA